UGGAAAUUCUUCGAUGCAGAUGAUUAUCAUUCUCCAGAGAGUAAGAAGAAGAUGGCAGAAGGGAUUCCACUAAAUGAUGAGGACAGGAUUCCCUGGCUUUGUGCACUCCAUGAUGUACUAAGGAGAGAAGACUCAUCUGGACAAGAUGCAAUCCUGGCCUGUUCUGCACUGAAGAAGAUGUAUAGGCAUGUGUUAGUUGGUGGAGCAUCUGCACUUGAAAGCCACCAGCCAGAGCAACCAGGAGAAAAUGCAGCAGUUAAGAUCCUCUUUGUUCACUUGGAUGGGCCCACAGGCAUCAUUGCUGGCCGUCUAGAGAAGAGGAGAGGACAUUUUAUGCCACCUGAACUUCUCAAGUCUCAGUUUGAGACUCUGGAGCCUCCUAGUGCACCAGAAAGCUUUAUUACUGUCAGUCUAGAAAAACCUCUCCCUGAAAUAGUGCUGGAGAUUGAGCAUACCAUUUUUCAGAGUGAGGCUUUUUUGGAGUAA